CCAACCUGAGCAUUUGUUCUGCUAGAGUAAAGACAGCACGGCUUCCCCAUUGAUCAUGCAACCAGCUUUCUUCUCACUUUUCCUGAUUGCUGUACAUGUGUCUGUACCGGUGGAUUGUAAACCGAGGCUCCAGGAUCCACGACAGCUACUACAACAUCAGCAGAGCAGCCUUAACACAGGAGCACAUGCAGAUACAUCAGCCGGUAUGGGACAUUUCUAUCUGGAGCUAAGCGGGUCAAUGAGAAAAGGCAUUCACCGUGACUUUCUGGUUAUUUUGCCAAUAAGAACAGAUACAAGCAACUUUGUGUCAAUAUUUGACUUGAGAAGAAAACGCUUUCUCUGCAUGGACAUAGAGGGAGAGCUGUACAUCUCUAGACAAAAAGACAGAGAAGACUGCCUUUUCCAGCGCAUUUGGUUAGAUUUGGCGAACCACCGCAAUGUGUUUUACUCUACAAGUGGGGGCCAAAUACUCAAACUGGUGGGAGCUGAGCUGCAAGUUGUUUACCAGGAGCAGCCUGAACCCACCUCAGCCCACCUGCUGGAGAGGUUCCUGGGUCCUUUGGUAAAGAGACAGAGGAGGAGUGACGAGGUGAACCCCUCUGACCCAUUAAGAUCACAGUCACGUCCCACACAUUCUAUCAAACAUCGCAAGGAUGCAAAUCAUAGACACCAUGAACAGGACCAGGCCGGCGCUGUGUCCAAAGAGACCAUCACCUCCUGUGACGACCCCUUGAGGGUCUUACAGCCCAACGGGCCUGAAAGUCCCGUCAAGACCAAUAUUGCAGACCGGGCGCAACAGAACUAAGAUACUGAACUUGGGUAUAAAAGGUGAAAAGUUAAGAGAGGCUGCAAGUCUUUGUUUGUUCUGAAAACUUUGUUUUUGACUGUAUAGUGUGAGUGAGUACAUGUUGUCCUGCAUUUGUGGACUGCAGAAUGAAUGGGAGCCACAGAAUGUCCAACAAAGGGCUGACACUGGAAAGUGGCAUGAAAGCAUUAAAUAUCUAACAAGUUUUGGGAAGAGGACAAAGUAUUUAAUAAAACACAAAAAAAAAGAAAUAAAAAUGUCCAGAAUUAGUUUUUAUGGCAAUAUGACCUGUUAAUGUCCUCACAAACCAUGUUACAUAACUGCAGCUUGUGCAGAUCUUCUGUUUGAAUAGCUGAUGAAGGAUAAGUUUGGCAACAUUUGACAUAAUCAUGAGGCAAGUUUGGUCCAGCGUCCUGCUGUCCUUUAACCUCUUUUGUUAGUUAAAUUUUAAACCUCAGGCCAGAUGUGGCAAUGUUUGUUUUGUAUAUGUAAAAAUGUGUAAUCUGUGAGUAAUUAUGAAUAUUUAUGCAAAAUACGUGUUGAUACAGUAAUGUUUCAUAAGGAGUUUAAUAAACAGAGAUCGACCAGUA